GAUAUACUGGGUGUGCCCGCAGAGCGGCAUGAGAAAUACUAUCCCUGUUGUGCUGAACCAUAUCCAGACAUCUUCUUCAACAUAACGCUACGUCGCAAAACUCUCUUCUACACCGUUAAUCUCAUUAUACCGUGUGUGGGUAUUUCAUAUCUUUCGGUGCUGGUAUUCUAUCUGCCCGCCGAUUCUGGUGAGAAAAUCGCUCUGUGCAUCAGCAUUCUGCUCUCACAGACUAUGUUCUUCCUGCUGAUCUCCGAAAUUAUACCGUCAACAUCGCUGGCUCUACCACUACUCGGGAAAUAUCUACUUUUUACUAUGCUGCUAGUGGGGUUGAGCGUUGUCAUCACCAUCAUUAUACUCAACAUACACUACCGCAAACCGAGCACACACAAAAUGGCGCCAUGGGUGCGUGCCUUCUUCAUCAAGCGCCUGCCGAAGUUGUUGUUGAUGCGCGUACCCAAGGAUCUGCUGCGCGAUUUAGCCGCAAGUAAAAUCAACUAUGGCACCAAGUUCAGCAAAACCAAGUUCGGCAAGGCGCUCAUGGAUGAGAUGCAAAUGAAUUCGGGCAGUUCCAGUCCGGACUCGCUGCGCCGCAUGCAGGGACGCAUGGGCGGAUUUGGCGGUGGUGGCUGUAAUGGACUGCAUGCAACCAGCGCCACAAAUCGGUAA